GUACCGCUUGAAGAUGACGGCCAGAGUAUCAGCCAGGGCUUUUGCAUCCACUGGCUCAGCUGCCUUCAUCUUCGCUUUCGCACGCCAAAGUCGCAGGCUGCAUCCCGCAAGAUCCAUGCACUCUUCCCGAGCGUCGCUUCCCAACGUAAAGACAGGUGAGGUGUUCAUCCAGGAUUUGUUCUCCGGCAGAAUAGGAACUGCCAGCGCCGAGCCGGAUGUGGAUUCUCAGAUUGUUUCCGUGGAGUGCUCUGUGAGCGCCGAGGGCCACGAAAUUCGCUGCAAAGACACCAAGAACAAGCAAUUCAUUUUCCAGGUGCCCUCCACGGGCCAAUCUCCAGCAGGAGGGCCGGUGAAGAAGGUCCGGGCAUCUCCUCAAAAGCAAAUCAGCCAUCUUACGUUCAAGGACUGGCAUUUGGAGAGCGUCAAGGUUUGUAGCCAGGACAUAAGCCUGCGGGAGUCGGCAACGAUUGUGGAUGGCCUGAAGUCGGAGGUUGAAGAGAAAUUUGCAGAAUUCAAAGCAGGAGUUGGCCAGCCAGAGGUUGCCUCUGGGCCAGAGGCAACUGAUGAAGCUCAGCUAAAGGACUUGCAGCAGCGCAUGGCCAAGGCCCAUCGCUGCCUCACGGAGGGCCUGCAGGAGCGAUCCGUGGAAGCAAAGUUGCUUCUACUUGCCUUCCUGGGAAGUGAGAAUGUCUUGUUCCUUGGCCCACCUGGCACAGCAAAGAGUCUCCUGGCCCGGCGCAUGGCCCGCGUUUGCGGCGGCCAGUACUUCGAACGCCUCUUGACCCGCUUCUCUGUUCCAGAAGAGGUGUUCGGCCCUUACUCGCUGAAGUCCUUGGAGAAGGACAAGCUCAAGCGCAACGUGAAAGGCUUCCUUCCCACGGCAGACGUAGCCUUCCUGGAUGAGGUAUUCAAGGCCAAUUCUGCGAUACUGAACUGCCUGCUAACUUUGCUAAACGAGCGGGUCUUCGACAACGGGGACCAGCGUAUCCAGGUGCCCCUCAAGUGCGUUGUCGCCGCCUCCAACGAACUCUUCGAAGGGGAAGAGCUAGCUGCAUUGCACGACCGCUUUCUCCUCAGGCACUUGGUCCCUCCCAUGACUCGCAAUGCAGCCGCGGCUUUCUUGCAGGAUCUGCUGGGAAGCAAGGGGCAUUCUGCUGCCUUUGAGGACUUCGAUGGGGAGGCCGGCAUUCUUACCGAGGAGCACAUCAAAACAGCCCAGAGAAUGGCUGCUGAGGUCUCCUUCCCAGAUGACCUGCAGGAGAUUCUCAUAGACCUCCGAGACCACAUGGCUGAAAAUGACUGCACAAUUUCCGACCGUAGGUUGGCGAAGGCCGCUUUGCUCAUUCGGCUGGCCGCAUGCACCGCCGGUGCGAAGACUGUGUCAGAGUCGGACCUUUUCCUCUUGCAGUACAUGUUCUGGGAGCAACACCAGGACCAGAUCGACGCCGUCAAGCGCUUCCUGACAGAGCGGAUAAAGGGCCGACGUACAGCAGGUUCAGCCGCAACCGACUUUGAUGCCAUGAGCCAUAUGCUGGUGAUGAUAAAGUUCAGGCUUGGUCCCACAAUGCACGUGGCCAACAGCAUUCAGUUCGCGCAAGCGGCAAAUGCAUUGAAGGCACUGGUACAGGCGAGCUGCGAUUGCUACAAGACGGAGACGACGUCGCAGCAACGCCGCGAUCUUGAGGUUGAUGAUGCCUCCACGAAGAAGGAUCAGGAGGACUUCCGGCACUUCUGGGUGGAUCAAGAGGGGCUGGAGGAGAAC